CCCGUUCUCAAACUUGAAAGACCAACACUAAAAAUAAAAACAAUAAAUAUUAAAGUCACUUGUUUUUAUGUUUUAUUAUUGAACUGAAAAAAUUUAUUUGAAUUAUCAUUUUUGAAAAGUGAAAAUAAUUUUUAUUUUUUAGUGACGUGAAUCAUUUUUUAAAAAUUUUUUUAUAGUAAAAUAUAUAAUAAUUUUAUUUAUUAAAAAAAAAUGGGUAGAAUUAAAUUUAAAGAACUGCAGUGGCUUCUUUGGGGAUUAUUUAUUGCUACAUCUAGUGAUUUUGUUCAAGCUGAUGCUAAUCCGGAAAUAUCACCAUUCCAGCCGCCCAAUAUUGAUCCACGACCACGCUUAUCUACAACACAACAACAGCAAAUUUUAAAUGAUGUUCAACAGCAUCAACGUCGUUUUAACUUCGCUAAGUACCGAGGGGAUCCAGCAAAACAGCAAUAUCAGCAGCAGCAACAACAACAGCAACAGCAGCCACAACCACCACUUCCAUCUCAACCACAGCAACCAGAUCGUUCAUUCUUCCAAACUGCACAAUCACAAUAUCAAUUCCCACGCCAAAAUUUUGCUCCAGCAGGAUUGAAUCCAUUCAGUGGAUUUCAACCAGAUUUACCGAUUAUUAAUUUUCGUAAUGCACAAGACGAUUUAAAUUUUUUCAAUGAUCAAACAGCAAGUUUGCAACUUCAAAGCUACUAUGAAAAACAACGUGAAUUAGAAUUGUUAAGAAAACAAAGAGAACAGUUGAUUUUGGAACAACAAGAAUUAAGAAGGCAACAAGAGUUACUGAGACUUCAGCAGUUGCGAGCUUUGACUUCAACUACACCUAAGCCUACAACAACAACAACCCACCAGCCAAGUACAACUCAAUCUUCAUCACUUUUGGCAUCACCAUCUUCUCGAAGAAUCACACCAGCAGAAUCAGAAAUAUUUUUAAAAGCAAUAGCAAAUCAUCAAAAAAAAUUUAUCACUACUACAUCUAAACCAGUUGUUACACCAAAACCAGAAACGACGACUCAUCGAUCACGACAAGAACGUGUCCAAGAGGACCAAUUAACUCAAGAUAUACCCAGAGAACUUUUGUCACUAAUCCAAGCCCAAAAUCCUCAGCUUUUGGGUGGUGGUAAAAAUAAACCACAAAUUAAAAUAAUUUAUCAAACAGAAAAACCGCCAACACAAAGAGCUAAUUUAAAGACUAAGAGUGUAGAAAAAGAGUUAUUGUUAAAACAAUUGAGGCUUGCGCUUGCGGAAAAUUCCGAAUCUGAAACUGAGAAAAAUGUUACAACACGUGACUUGGUUCUGCCUAAUGGAAAAAAAUUACAAGUGAUCCAAUCACCGAAUGGUUUAUCUUCAAUUAUUCCAAACGAAGGUUCUAGUCAAUUUCAAACAGUAACGCAAGCUCUGGAUACCAAAACAGCUUCAACAACUAGUAUGCCAACAACUGUAAAAUCUGCUAGUACUAUUUUAGAAGAAUUAGCCAAAGGUGUACUACCUCCUGGUGCUGAUUUCGAAGUACUAAAACAUAAAGAUGAUGGUAAAUUGGAAGAAGUUGGUAAAGUACCUAUUCAAAAUUCUGAAAAAAAAGUAACUUUUGUCGUUCUUGAAGAACAAUCUGACGGCAGUUACAAAGUACAAGGUGUUAAAGGAAAUACCGAAAAAGAUAAUAGUUCUGAUGUUGAAACUAUUGUAGAGAGAAUUAAAAAUGGUGAAUUAAAAUUACCGCCAAGUUCUAAAAGUCCUAUUCUAGAUGACAAAACACCAGUAACAAAACCAACUACGACAACUACAACAACAACAACGACAACUACCACCACAACAACACCAGCACCAACUACUACUACUAUCGAACCAACUACUUUUAGGCCUACUACAGCUGCACCAACAACUGUUGAACCAACUACUAUUAGACCAACAACAAUUAAGCCCACAACUAUUAGACCUAGUACUAUUAUUAAAACAACAACCAUUAAAAACGCAGGCAUACCAAAUGUAACAACGUAUCACAAUAAUGAAUUAACAAGAGAUUAUUCACCUUACGCGACUGUAACUUCAAACUCUGUAAUUUCAACUGAUAACUACGUAACGUCAGCUUCAACACCAUCUGCUAAUAUUUAUAACUCAAUCUCAAGUUUCAUUCCAUCAAGUCAAAGACCUACGACUUCUGCAAAUUAUAGGCUUGGAUCAUCACCGAUAGUUAUAGCACAGAAAAAUCAUUUCAUACCAACUAUGGCGCCAGUAAAUGAAAUAAUAACAACACCGGCUUCAUCUACAUUCAGUCCGACAUUUAUACCGCAUUCAUCUUCUUAUGUUCAUUUUUCAACAAAUGUUGGCAAUCCUUCAACUCCUAGAUCAAUUUCGAGUACUGCUGGUUCUAUAAAUGGUGUCGCUUCAGAAAAUUUAAUUAUUGAUGAUUUCCAACAAGGAAGAAAUACAAUCAAUUUUGAUAAUACUAUCAACCAAUUUAAUAAUGGAGACACAAUAGCUAACUUCCUAAAGAGAGAGGGUCUCUUUGCAAUGGCUAAAUAUCUUCGUCAAUCGGGAUUAGAUAAAGUACUUAAUGAUACUGGUCCUUAUACGAUAUUUAUACCAACCGAUAAAGCUUUUCGAUCACUUCUAGUUCAAUUAGGUGGACCUGAAAAAGCUGAACAAAAAUUCAAAGAAAAUCCUCGUCUAUUAAGUGGACUGUUACUUCAUCAUGUUAUACCAGGAGAUUUUAGAACGGAAUCUUUGCAAGAAGAAAUGACUGGUGUUAGUCUAGCGGGUACUCAAUUACGAGUUAAUGUUUACGACAUGCAUGAUCACGAAUGGAAUGACGUCAAGGUAACGACAAUAAAUGGUGCUAGAAUUGCUCCAAAUAAACGUAAUAUUGAAAUACCUCAAGGAAUUGCACACGCAGUCGAUAGAGUUAUGUUUCCACUUCCUGUUGGUGAUUUAAUGCAGACACUUGCUGCAGAUCGAGAACAAAGAUUUGGAAUUUUCUUGAGAAUUCUUCAAGCUGCUGGUCUUGAAGAUACUCUUUCAGGAACAAAAACAUACACAAUUUUUGCUCCAACUGAUGCGGCAUUUGCAGCAUCAGCAGUACAAACUGGACAACCAGUUUGGAGUGAAACUGAUGGACCGGAAGUAGCUAAAACAAUAGCAUUAAAACAUAUCAUGCCUACGACUCUUUACUCAGCUGGCAUGAGGUAUUAUCAUCAGAAAGACACGCUUCGUCCACAGUUCACGCUCCGAAUCCAAAAGAAUGGAGGACGAGUUCGUGUAAAUGAAGCUCAAGUUGUAACGCCUAAUAUACCAGCAACAAAUGGAGUAAUUCAAGCAAUCGAUGCAGUGCUUCAAUAAUUUUAAGAUAAAAUAAAAUUGACGAUUUUAAAUAUAAAUUUAAAAGAAAAAAUUAAUAAUCGAUUUAAAAAUUAAAUACAAUGGGAGACGGCUCAGUUUUUUAAUUAUUUUUUAUUAAGUAAACGGGUCAAUGUAUAAACAAUUAAUACCAAUGAAUAAACAAUUUUUUAAAAUUUUAUUUAAAAAAUGAUAACUCAAAAAUUUGAUAGUAUGAAUAGGUGUACUAAGUUUUUUUUUUUACUUUAAUUUUAUAAAAAAAUUUGAUGAUGUUUAUUCAUUGAAAUAUUUAUCUUGUACAGAUAAAAUAAAUACCACAAAAAUGCCAUAAUGGAAUUUAAAAAAACGCCAGUAUAAAGUUAAUUUGCGUGAAGAAAAAAUAUUCCGCGUGUUUCGAUAAAAAGAAAUAAUAUUUAUUAUUUUUCUUGCUAAAUUUAUUAUUUUUGUGAUAAUGUAAUAACUAUAUUUUUUCAAAUUGUGUAAGAAAUAAAAAAAUAUAAGAAAAUAGUAAUAAAUAAUGAAGAGAAAAUAUAAUUUACUCAUUAAACACAUGGAUAUUUCAAAUAUUCAGUUUUAAAACCGAUAUGAUUAUGAAUGUAAUUUUAUUAUCAC